AGAUGGCGCUGUGUUCAGUGGUCUCACAGCCACAGUGUGAGGAAACUUCGCCAAGCAACUUCAAUAAGACUUUCUGCUCUCUAACAGCACGGAUUACCCCGCCGCUUAAGAGGAUGUGACUCCAAAUGGUUGCUCAGUGUGCUUUUCUGGAUGAUUACACGCACGGACACACAAAUCUAAAAUCCACGGAGCGAGUAAGUUUGUGGAGUGAGCGAUUUUUUCCGCGGGAUCGAUGGCUACAUAUGUGAGUAAAACGCACAAAGAAUGUCACUGGGUUUAAAAUCACGCUGUUUGUGAUUCUGAAGGUAUUACGCAUGGAACUAUGAACAAUUCGGAGCUCACGCCGAUCUCCAAGGCUCAGCAGCGAAUGGCUUCGGCUUUACCCGGAGAGGAGAGCCCUCUGCCCGGCAGCGUGUGCAGACCCGAGCGCAACGGGAACUUCUUCAUCCACUGCUUCAUCUGUGGGAGCGGGGUAACCCCGGGGAAAGAGCUGAGCCUACAGGUAAAAUACCAACGAGAAAAGGAUGGUCCAUUUUUCCCUUUCCUGCAAGGCCAGGACCCGGCCCCUGGAGCUCUGGAGAUCGGUCCGGAUGGGGACGCUCUGGUGUGCGCUGUGUGCCACUGCUUCCUGCGCGAACAGUGGAACUCAUUCGAGCGCAACAGGACGCCGAUCGAGAAGCGCAUGUACUGGCUCAAGAGACCAUACCAGUGCGACUUACGGAACAUUACAUACGAUCUGGAGAGACGAAUGAGCGUUAGCAAUUACGACGCGAAUGAGUCGGACAUUUCCUCAUUCUCUGAUAAUGACCUGUCCGAGCAGGACUUGGACCUGUCAGCGUGUGUAAUGAAUAGCAAUAAUGCAACAGGAUUCCGUGCGUCUAAUAAAGCAUCAAGAGAAAGCAGCAGAAAGAGCACAGUGAGUGUUAAGAGCAGUCCUGAGUCAGUGCGAUAUCCGACCAGAGUUUACACAGGUCAGGACGUGCCGAAAUCAGAUCGGCGUGCGACUAAAAUCAUCAAUCACACAUCACAUUCAUCCGUGUCUACGGCUCUCCAGCAUUAUGAUAGUCUAUCAGUGCGCACACCGUUGCAGGAUAACGGCAUCAUUACGUGCGAUAAGCAGUGGAUACAUGCGUCCACCGGUGAUUCGGACAGCUGCGAUAUCAACAUCACCAGCGAUGACGAGAGAGAGCACACAGCAUCAUCUCUCUUAGAUGUAGAAAGGUGCCAAGCAGCUAAAUGUCGCUCCAGUUUUUCUUCAGAUGAAUGUGCCUGUUAUAUUUGUGGAAGCAGGCUUCCAGAAGGAGGACGCUUCAGGGUAUUUGUACAAAAGCAGGAGAGAGCGUCCAGUGAACCAUUCUUCCCUUUUCUGUGGCUUCAUACCCCUCCACCUGGUGCAGUGCCUCUUAGCCUGGGUGGAUACACUCUGGUGUGCACCACUUGCCACUCCUCCCUCAUGCAGCAGUGGCAGGGGUUCGAGCUUGCAGAUGUUCCUGUUCUCCAGCGACUCUAUGUGGUGCCCCUCAACACAGGUGCUGCAACCCCUCUUUCUCCACCUGCCAUGAAUGAAUGUGGGGAUGGACUCCCAAAAAUCCAUGCGCUCCCCUCCAUGCCACAGAAUCGCAGGGAGGCCUGCUACCUAUGUGGAGAGGACUGCGGUCGAGAGGUCAGGAUGGCAUACACCCAUGUUGGUGCAAGUAAAGCCCGCAGUGCAAUGUAUUUUCCAUUCAUAAAUCUGCUACCAUGCCCUCCAAAUGCUCAGAGAAUGCAGAAUGGAAGGGUACACUGCUGUGUCGCGUGUCACCGCAUCUUGGAAGGGAUCUGGGCAGAGUACUGCCUCUGUCUAAGCGAGGAGCUCAUUACUUCCAUCCCCACGUUUCUUGAGAGAUACCACCUGGCCAUGGGAAGGGGAGGAGUCUUGGUAUCCCCCCCCAGAGGACCCCUGUCGACCCCUUCUCAGACUGCCACCACAACCGCAAGCCACACCUCCAUCUGUUACUUGUGUGGGGAGGAACUGUCUGGAAGAACCGAGUAUCAACUUCAUGUUAACCCUCCUGGGCGUUGUGGAGAAAGAGAACCCUUUUUUCCCUUUCUAACUGUCCACCCUCCCGCUCCCCGUGCCCACCCUGCUGAUUCCACGGGCCUUGUGUCUGCCUGUGCACUGUGCUAUCAUGACCUGCUGGGCCAGUGGACCCAACAUGAGAGUCAGGGCUCAGAAUCAGGCCCGUCCAGCAGCCCCUGGGCACGUCAGUAUAACUGCAACACUUUCAUCUGCUUCUUCUGCAGAAAAGAGAAGAAGAGACCUCUUGGACUGAAGGCAGUGUGUGUUGAUCGCUUGCCUGUUUUCCUCUAUGCUCCAAGGGUCAGCCAGACCCUGGUAAUUGACAAUGGCAAGCAGUUAACAAUUGGCUCCUGUGUGGAAUGUAAGUCCAUGGUGCUGGCUGGGCAGAACAUGAAACCGGUUAGUGGAAUCACACAAAACAAGGGUUUGAUGGUGGUGGAGGAGUCAGCCAGCAGCAGUAAGGAUGCAGAGACCGGACCACCAGUAGUUACUGUGGCAGAAGUGUCAGAGCAAGACCACACUACAUCAUUCGAACCCAGAAUGGCUUCUGCUACCUCAUCGCUGUGUAGCCUGAAAGUGGAAAAGGCAGACAGCUCAGUGCCCAGCAUGAGCCAUGAGCCAAAGUCACCAUCAUUAGGCAUGAUUUCCACAGCGACCCGCACCACAGCAACAGUCAGUCCCCUCACCCCAUCUCCCCUCAACAGUUCUGUUGUGCCCAAUGGCAGUCCUGCAUCUCAGUCCGCCCACUCGGGAUUUGCCGCCGCUCUCCGCAAGCUGGCCAAGCAGGCAGAGGAACCCAGAGGAUCUUCCAUAAGCAGCGAAUCAUCUCCUGUCUCAUCUCCGGCCACUAACCACAGCUCCCCAGUCAGUACACCCAAGCGAGGCCCCAUGGGUCCAGUUAUAGUGCCUCCUGGGAGCCACAGCGUACCCAGUACCCCACCUGUUGUCACCAUAGCACCCACCAAAACCGUCAACGGCCUAUGGAGGAGCGAGAGCCGACCUGUACGAGAGGCUGAGUCAGGUCCUCGCGGAGUCAGCCGGGGCAGGUUAAGUUCAGAGGCUUCUUCUACCCAAGAGAAAGGGGGUCCCACUGUCCCGGCCCACCUAAUUGGAAACCCUUACACAUUUGGCUUGACACCCACGUCAGUGAUGCAGGACUCGCGCUUUCAGCCUCUUAACCUGCCCCGCCAGAUGCCCCAUGCCGUGCCUCCGGCCAGUGUUCCUGAAGAAUAUCUGAGGGGGUUUCGUCCUUACGCCACAGCUGAGGAACUCCGCAUGCCCUCUUUACCCCUGGGACUUGAUCCUGCCACUGCUGCAGCUGCUGCUGCCUACUACCACCCUGGAUAUCUGCCCCACCCCUCCUUCUCCCACUACAGAAUGGAUGAUCCAUUCUGUCUGUCAGCGCUGAGGUCGCCGUUCUAUCCACUGCCUCCAGGAGGUGCUCUACCUCCUCUUCACCCGUCUGCAGUACACAUGCACCUGCCUGGGGUGCGUUACCCUGGAGACCUAAGCCACCCCUCACUGUCCAGCCUACAGUCGGAACGCUUGUCAGAGAGACUCCAGAUGGAGGACGAGCUGCGACAGAGAGAACGAGAGCGUGAGCGGGAAAAAGAACGAGAACGAGAGGCUGAGCGAGAAAAAGAGCGUGAGCGAGAAAGGGAGAGAGAGAAGGAGCUGGAGCGUGAGAGAGAGAGAGAGAGAGAAAGAGAAAGGGAAAAAGAGAGAGACCGUGAAAGAGAGAUGGAGCGACAGAAGGAGAGGUCAGCACGAGAGAAAGAGAGACACGUUCUGGCUGAGCUUCAUGGGCUGAGAGUCCUGCCAGAUGACAGAGCCAAACCUGCAGACAGAAUCACUACGAACAGACCUGAUAAAACAAAAGAGCCCAUCCUUACAACCCCUAAACCAAUCCAGCCUGGACUUCACCAUUCUCUAAACUCCACCCAUCACCCUGUGCCCAGCCUUGUCUCUGCUCAUGGCAUGUAUCUGGGCCCUGGAGGGACGGGAUCUGCCAGUCUGACAGCGGCCACCAUGCUGCAGCGCACAAAUGAGGAAGAGCGCUGGUUGGCCCGGCAACGGAAGCUAAGGCAAGAGAAAGAGGACAGGCAGUACCAGGUUUCAGAGUUCCGUCAGCAGGUCCUAGAGCAGCACCUGGACCAGGGCAGACAGGGGGAAAUUGCAGACCUGCAUAUAGAGGGACACAGACCUAUACCAAACCAUCAUGAGCCCAACAGCAGAGAUCGUGAGAGAGACAGAGAUGCCCAUCCUCUACUGGGAGCUCCGCCCCCUCUCAUCUCCCCAAAACACCAGCACAAAGACCACGCUCCCCCACCACCAACCACACUUUGGAACCCUGCAUCACUCAUCGAGACCUCCACCGACUCUAGACGCACCUUGCAUGAUACCCAGAGUCUGGGUCACUAUGAUGUUAGUCGGCUUCCCCUACCCCCCACCAAACAUGAACGACAUUACAAUUCUGAAAAGCUUGAAGAGGUAUCUCGGAAAAGGGACAGUCUGGAUAAAUAUCCUCCCAUCCAGCCUAGUGGGUUCUCUGGGUCCAACACUUUACUAGUGGAGCUGGAAAAAUCCACCCAUAGCUUCCUGAAUCAGCAGAGGGCACCACUGAGUAUGUCAGGGCCAUAUGGAGAGCUGAGUGCAGGCCUGAAGUCCAGCGGGUGUUUUAAGAGCCUCCAGGGGCAUUCACGUCUUGCACCAGGUGCCAUGUUAGUGUAUGAUGAGUUCCUGCAUCAGAACAGACAAGCUGUCAGCAAACUUGACUUGGAGGAGAAAAGACGCAGAGAAGCCAGAGAGAAAGGUUAUUAUUAUGAGCUGGAUGACUCUUAUGAUGAGAGUGAUGAGGAAGAGGUGCGAGCUUAUCUCAGGAGGGUCGCACAACAGCCACCACUCAAACUAGAUGAUUCCAAUGAGAAGGUGGAGUUUCUGCAGAUGUUUGACCUGACGACACUGGCCCGUCGGGAGGAGAUGAUGGAGGUGAAGAGGAGGAAGAGGAGGCGCAUGCUGAGAGAGAGGAGUCCUUCCCCGCCAGCUGUUCAGACCAAGCGGCCUACUCCUGCCCCCCUAAUAACCCGCUUCACCCCAGAGGACAUGAACAACAGCCCUGAGCUAGAGGAAAAGAAAUGCUUCCUCACCAUCUUCAGCCUCAACCAUGUCACUCAGCAGCAGAGAAAAGAUAAUGAGAGGGUUGAGGAGUUUUUGAAGGCCAUAAAACAAAAGAGCGUGACUCUAGACAGCAUCAGACACAGCCCUCAUCCACUGUGCAGGAGCCCUGCAGCCCUAUGCUCAGACCUGUUGUCUCAGUCUCCAGUCCAAUCUGAUGACCUGCUGAAUGGACGGCCCCCCAGUCCCUCCCCCUCUGUAUAUGUGCCCCAACCCCAAGUGGAACACCUCUCUCACUUGGAUCUACCCAGAUCUCUCUCAGAUCCCUUAAGACUAAAAGACUCUUCCUUGCCUGCUGUAUUACCUGACAAAUGUCAAGCCAGUGACAGCAUCCCAGGCAAGAGCUCUAGUCUGCUGAACAGUGUGCGACAGCCCCCGUUCACUAAAGAAAGUUCUGUUAAUGUCAACAGAAAGACCAAACCCUGGGAGAGUUUCAUUGCUGAGGAGUUUGCCCAGCAAUUCCAUGAAUCAGUACUACAGUCGACCCAAAAAGCCCUGCAGAAGAGUAAAGGUGGUGCCUUGGUCAUGUCAGAACAGAACAACGCAGCAGAUUCAUCUGUGCAUUAUAACAUUCCUGAGCUCCAGAGCACACCGAGCCGGUCCAAACCCCACCCACACGCUCCUUCAUUGCAGCCCAAUGGACAGCACUGCCCCCCACAGCCUUCCCACCAGGAACUCUCCACAGAGGAGUCUGAGGAAGAGGUUGAGGAUGAGGAAGAUGACACAGAGGAGGACGAGCCCACUACAUCUAGGUGGCAGGGCAUUGAAGCCAUCUUUGAAGCCUAUCAAGAGUAUGCAGAAGAGCAGAGCACUGAGCGACAAGUUCUCCACAGUCAGUGCAGACGGCUGGAAGUGAAUCACUAUAAUCUCAGUCUAACUGCUGAACAGCUCUCACACUCAAUGGGGGAGCUGAUGGCUCAGAAGCAGAAGCUUACGGCCGAGAGGGAGAACCUACAGGCAGAGCUAGAGCACUUGAAGAAGUGCCUGAUGCUGCCAAAGAGCCCCUGGUCUAGGAGUCUCUUCAAGGGCUAUCCACCCAGGUGACACUCUACGGCACCACCGACCACCCACUCAGACAACCUCCCACAUCCCUUACUAACCCCCAAACCCAGACCCAUGUUCAGGCCACUCCGAGACCCUGGAUAGUGAUGGUGAGGAACAGAAGAUCUGGCCCCAGAAUUCCACAUCCUGUGGGCAAAAUCAAGCAUGAAUACACUUCAAAGCCUCUGAAUGCCUCCAACUCGCAGGGACAGCCAUACUGCAUCGUAGAGAUAGACAAAUUCCAGUCAAAAUGCAGCUCAGCCCAUCUGUUAUCAAUUUACCAUGGAGGUCAUGCCUAGACAUGCACUUUCCUGAAGAACUAUCUGGAGGUACUUUGUUGUGACCGACUACUCUUGAUGAUCGAGGGAAGGGAAAAAAAAACAUCAACUAAAUAAAGGAAAAUGUUUUAUUUCAAGAUUUAGAAUAAAGUUUUUUUUUUAAAGAGGUGCUUCAGCAUUGUAUUGUAAAUAAUUUCAAAAUACAACGGAAAAAUUAUUUUGUAUGUUUUUAAUUAUUUAGGGGGAAAAAAAGCCUGCCAUUUUUUUCUAAUAUAUUAAUGCUUUUGGGUGUUAAAAGGUUUACUAUUAGUGUUUGCUAUGCUGCUGGUCAGAAUAACCCUUUCAGGACUUGUGGAGUGAUAAUAUCACUUCCUUUUUGCCUGAACUACAGUAGCAACGGCCCCAGGACAUACCGCCAACGUUUUUCCCUCAAGGCCAUGCUUUACAGGAUAGCUUGAGCCCUGCAUUCUGAUGACAUACCCACUGAUAUUGUAGGACCCAGGACGUCUGCUGUCUUUUAUUAUUAGCUAGUGGUCACUCGUCUCUCAAAGUUCCAGACUGCUAAACUGAGUUGUCUUUUUUAAUCAUGAAGGCAGCAUGCAGCCUCUUUUUGGUUUUCUGUUUCAUUUAAUUAAAGGGCGUUUUUUUACUAGAAUGUGAUAUUCUGAAAUCUAUAUCUCACCUAUGUACACAGAGGGCUCAAGUGAUGACAGAGUGCCAGGAACUGACAUGCACAAAAAUGUAAUCCAUAAAUGUUGUUGUACAAUAAGAAUUAUAAUUUGUUUGAUAUACAAUUUUUUUUUGCCAUUGACAAUUACUGUGCCAAAUUUUCAGAGGUGGCAUGCCAAAAUGUUAAAAGCAAAGCUUGAUCAAGUUGAAGAAUUAAGUCAGUCCUGCUGAGAGUUAAUUGGAAAAUUGACAUUAAGUCGCCCCCCACCCCGCUUUGCCCGAAGACGUUCUUGUUUGCCAAGAUUUUAUUUUUUUAUAUAUAUCCAUUGGUUAUGAAAGAUGCAUUUUAACAUGACCAUGAGUCAUUGACAAAAACAUUAAUAUGGGCCUUAAAAGAACUCUGACUGCCUGUAAUAUGUUUAAUUUUAUACCUUUUUAUAUUAUUCUCUUAAAUGAUGUAGAAUCUGGGAAUGACGCGCCUGUUUGUUUUCCUGCCACUUAACCCAAACUCCAUGACAUGUGCCGCACAUCACAUUUAUCUCAUGUACGCAAUACCACAUACAGCAUGCAGUUAUAGACAGACCGCACACUAUUUUUUGAUCAGAAUGUAGUGCAAGGGGGUAUCUCAAAUGCAUCUUUGAAGCACAGGUGAGGAGUUUGCUUGCCAUUUAUUUAGACUAUGCUUAACCCGAGCAGGCGUGCCAUUAGUGUGAUCACUUUGUGUGUGUGUGUGUGUGUGUGUUUCACAUGAAGCACUACCACUGCCUGAUGAGAGCAUAUACAAACCUGCCCAAUGUACACACACACAGUCACGCCCAAACUUAAUGGAGGAUAUUAGAUGCUGUGAAACCAUGGGGUUUUUUGUUUGUUUUUCUUUUGUUAUUUUAUUUUCUAUGUACUUGUUUGAAUUCAUUGUAAUGUAAUAUAUUCUUUGAUGAGUGUAGUAGUUAGGUAUUUAUGGAUAUAUUGCUGUAAUUUCAGACAAGAAAAAUUAAAUAUUGCAAAAAUGUG